AAACGGUGUUUAGACCCAAAUUUUAACGGGCCAGACGGGCCGGACUACUCAUGAACAGCUCUAUCAAAGCAAACCCCCAAAAGUUUGAAAUUGCUGCAUAACUUCACUUCCUUGCUUCCUCCCUCCCUCCCUCUUCACCAUCUAAGAAGACUGAAAAUGUUGCAGCACCCGCAGCUACACCAGCAGCAGCAACUACAGCAAUAUUCGCAGCAACAAUCGCUGCAACAACAGCCGCAACAACAGCAGCAGCAACAACCGCAAGUUCCGGCGGAAACAAGCGAAGAUGCACCGCCAAAGCAGGUAGCAAUGGCAAUGGAUAGAUUGGGGCAAGCCUCUCGCCUUAUCGCCGACAUUAGGAUCGGGGCUGAUCGCUUACUUGAGGCAUUGUUUGUGUCAGCUGAGUCUUAUCAGCCUCAAAAAACCGCCAAUUUAAUCGUCAAAGAAGAGUCUGCGAUGCGUGUUCACCUCCAGGAUCUUCGCAAUAUUGGAAGGCAGCUUGAAUCUUCUGGGGUCCUCAAUGAUGCGCUCAGAUCACGAAGCAACUCUUGGGGAUUGCACAUGCCUUUAGUUUGUCCAGAUGGUGCUGUUGUUGCAUAUGCUUGGAAGAGGCAGCUUGCUGGCCAGGCAGGUGCAUCUGCAGUUGACAGGACAAGACUAGCCCUAAAGUCAUUCGCAGAUCAAAAGCGAAGAUUUUUUCCUCAUCUUGACUGUGAAUCAUCUUCAAAGAAACAAUGUGUUUCUCAAGAAUCAUUGGUCGAAAACCCAGAAGAAAGUAGUAAUUACAGGACACUAACUGAUACUUUAGAAAGUCUGGAGAAAGAAGUGCCUGACAUGAAGAUUUACACUUAUGAAAGGUUAGAGUGGUUGAAGCGAGCUUCUUCACUUCCUGCGUCAGCCAAUGAGGAUGCCUUUAAUACGUCAAUGGCACAAGCCUACCAUGGUCCAAGUAGUUUAAGACCUGAAUCUCCGCAUGUCUCCUCAGAUAAAGUUGCUGUGGUUGAAUUAUUUAUUCCUUCUGUCUUUAGAGCUGUCGUGUCCCUUCACCCUGUUGGUUCUACAGAUCCUGAUGCAGUUGCCUUCUUUUCACCGGAUGAGGGAGGGAGCCAUGUACAUGCAAGAGGUUCAUCACUUUAUAAUGCUUAUAGGCAUAUAACGGAAUUUUCUAAUAUAGCUCUACAACAUUUCCUUGGAAAUAAAUCUGAGAUGGCUCUGUAUCUUCUUCUGCAUUGGAUCAGCGGCUAUCAGAACCUAUUUACACAAGCAUGCAGCAAAUGUGAAAGGAUUAUCUCAAUGGAUAGACAAUCAGCAUUAUUAUUGCCUCCUGUACAUCGUCCCUACCAAAACCUGCUUGCUGCUAAGGCGGCAUCAGGUCUGCUAAAGGAUCAGACUUCAAACACUGGGCAAGUGUAUCAUGUUAGCUGCUCCCCACCAGAUGUGUAGUGUUCCAGUUAUAUUCUAAUGUACUUAAGACUGGUAUGAAAGUUUCCUGAAGCAAACUCUCUGGAGAAAAUAACAUAGUUUAACUCUUGUAGAAGGGUGAUUGACUGUUAUUGAGCUAUUGUACAAAAGAGGUGAAGGCUACAGCUUUAAAAAUCCAAAUGCAGGACGCAGAUAAUGUGCUACACCAUCAUAAUAGAUGGUGCUACCGAAAGAAGUAUAGCUAGUUUUCUGCAAGUUCUAUAGAUUUAUUGCCUUAUUCUCGCUAAUCACUUUUUUUUUUAUGUGUAUUUUUUUUUUGUAUUAAUUUUUGUGUACACCCUCUUAUUUGAAUAUAAGCUGUAGUAUUGCCUCAGUAUUAGCACCUUCAUUGGACUUCUCUGUACGGCUUAAAACCAUAUAAAGUCUUUUUUUUUUUUUUUGCAGUUGAUCGCAAACUCAGACAUCACUUUCUAUGUAAAACUCAAAAGCCCUAUUAUUUUUGAGGAGUAUGGCCUCAUAGUGGGCCUUUAUAGAAUAGAAAUAUUUAUAAUGCUCUUAUAGGAUUCUAGAUUUGGCUAGAAGAAUUGAUAAUGGUUGCAAUUGCAAUGAAUGAAACAUCAAUUUAAGUAUUUCUAGUGAUUUAUUGUUUGUACUCCCCUGUUUUUAUUUAAGUGUUUUAGUUUGAGUGGAAGUGCCA